UCUCUGCAUAUUGUUCUUCCCCUUCACAUGCUUGGAUUAUAGAUUCAGGUGCCACCAACCAUAUGACAGGAGUCUACCUCAAUCACCCAAUCCCUUUCACUAAAACUCACCAUAAACAUAUUAUUACUGCUAGUGGUGAAAAGUUAGACAUCAUUGGUAGUAAUGAUAUGUCCCUUCAACUGUCACCAACCAGAUCCUUCUCUCUCCAAAACCCUCUUAGUACCCAACCUUACUACUAAUCUGAUUUCUGUUGGCCAACUUGUUGAUGAAGGAAAUGUUGUCACAUUUUCUCAUGAUGGUUGCUUGAUACAGGACCGGUACACUGGGAAGGUGAAAGGGAAGGGGCGUAGGCUGGGCCAUCUAUUUGUGUUGGAGUUCGAGAAAUCUCAAUCAGGGGCAUCCUCAUCUUUACUUAGUUCUUCUUUGUCUGAUUCUCUAUUGAGUUAUAGAAAUAAUSUUUGGGAUUUAUGGCAUAAACGAUUAGGUCAUCCAUAUUCCCAAAAAUUAAAAUUUUUGUUUGACUCUGGUUUGAUUAAGAAUAAAAUUCCUCCUGUUGAUACGUUUGAUGUUUCUUGCACUACGUGUUGUUUGAGUAAAAGUCAUGUUUGACCAUUUCUUCAUAGAUCUGAACAUGCCACUAAACCUUUUGAGAUAAUACAUAGUGAUGUUUGGUCUGCUUCUAUUACUUCACGAUUGGGGUACAAAUAUUUCGUAUUAUUUAUAGAUGAUUGUACCAGAUAUACUUGGAUUUAUUUUUUGCGACACAAAUCAGAAAUCUUUGGUGCAUUUAAAUUGUUUCAUACUAUGGUGCAAAAUCGGUUCAAGUGCAAUGUGACUAUCCUCCGCUUCGAUUCAGGGGGAGAAUAUAGAGAUGGAGACUUCCUAGCAUACUCGAGGAGUUAUGGAAUUUAGUCUCAACGCAGCUGCCCAGACACUCCACAAUAGAAUGGUGUGGCUGAACAGAAGAAUGGACAUAUUCUUAGUGUUGCGCGGACAUUACUACGGGAGUUUCAUACUCCAACUUCGUUUUGGGUAGAAGCAGCUAGUACAACCGUGUAUUUGAUCAAUUUUUUCUCAUCCUUUGUUCUAGGCAACACUUUUCCCUUCCAAAAACUUUUUGGUUAUCCCCCAGAUUUAUCUACCCUUCAUGUUUUUGGUUGUCUUUGUUUUGUUCAUCUUCCUGUUCGUGAAUGAUAUAAAUUAACUACUCAGUCUGCUAUGUAUGCCUUUGUGGGAUAUAGUCCUGACCACAAAGGAUUUUUGUAUUAUGACCAUGCUAUUUGUCGUAUUCGGAUUUCUCGGAAUGUUGUGUUUCUUGAACAUAUCUCCUUUGUUGGGGCUACUAGAUUGUCUGCUCCUUCAAUCUCUGUUUUGCAGGACUUUGACUCAAAUGACACUACUAUUUCCUCAAUUGAGAGAGAACUUCUUGUCUUCACCUGCAAGUGGCUAUGUGUCCCGGCUCUUGCGCCUACAACCCCCCUUCCACCCGGUCCAGAGCAUUCAUCUCAGAUAUCCUCUAUAUCCCUAGAUCUUAUCAGMAAGCCAUUAGAAGUUCUCAGUGGAAAGAAGCUAUGGAUGCCGAAAUUCAAGCCCUCCAUGAGAAUGAUACUUGGGAUCUUGUGCCAGYUCCUCCUGAUGCUUCUAUUGUUGGAAGCCAUUGGGUCUAUACGACCAAACUGAAGUCAGACGGUUCUCUUGAUCGAUAUAAGGCCARAUUAGUUGCCCAAGGAUACAAUUUGAAAUAUGAGAUUGAUUACGAAGAAACAUUUGCCCYGGUUGCUAAGAUCACCACAGUUCGGACUCUUGUGGCCAUAUCUGUUGUUUAUUCUUGGACUAUUUACCAAUUAGAUGUGAAGAAUGCUUUUCUACAUGAAACCUCCGCUUGGAUAUUGCUGUGAUCCUUCACAUGUCUGUCACCUGAAGAAGUCUUUAUAUGGCCUGAAGCAAGCACCUAGGGCUUGGUUUGAGCACUUCCGGGAUGUUGUUAUUGCAGCUGGGUAUAAUAAGAGUUCCUCUGACUACUCCCUCUUUGUUAAGAGAAGACCCUAGGGUAUCACUAUUCUCCUAUUGUAUGUUGAUGACAUGCUUCAAACAAGGGAUGAUCAUGACAGCAUUUGUGAGCUGAAGUCCUUACUUCAUAACUCAUUUCACAUGAAGGACCUGGGUCCUCUCACUUCAUGGGUUUGGAGGUUCAUUGUAGCAGUCGAGGGUAUUUUAUUUGUCAACAAAAAUAUGCCUCUGAUCUCAUCAAACUAGCUGGAAUCACUGAUGAGAAACAUGUUGAUACCCCUUGGAGCUGAACGUCACGCUAUCUAAAUCCGAAGGCCUCAUCCUUCCUAAUGCUACCUUGUACCAUCAGUUUGUUGGCUCUUUGAUCUAUCUUACUAUGACCAAGCCUGAUAUUUCACAUGCUGUUUAGGUUGUCAGUCAAUUUGUCUCUGCACUGCGACAACCUCAUAUGGCUGUUGUUCGCUGCGUCAUCCGUUAUGUUGGAGACACAACCUCUCAGCGAUUGUUUUUCUCUUCCUCAUCAUCCAUACAGUUGAGGGUUUAUGCUGAUGCUAAUUGGGCUGGUUGCCCUGACACUCGUYGAUUCACUACUGGGUGGCGCGUCUUCAUGGGUGAUUGUCUCAUCUCCGGGAACUGCAAGAUCUAAGUCUUCUCCUGAAGCCGAGUAUAGAGCUAUGUCUUCUGCAUGUAGCGAGAUUGUUUGGCUGAAGUCCCUUUUCAUAGAUCUUGGUAUUUCUCUUCUUAUUCCUAUCCCUCUGUAUGUCGACAACACCAGCGCUAUCAAGAUCGCAUCUAAUCCAGUCUUUCAUGAGAGAACUAAACAUAUCGAGGUGGAUUGCCACUUUAUUAGAGACCUUGUUGCAGUUUCUAUAUCUCUUCCUCAUAUAGCCUCUCACAUGCAGAUUGCUGACAUCUUCACCAAGGCCAUGACUAAAAGUCGAUAUCUCAUUCUUGUGGGCAAACUGAUACUGAUGCCUCCACAUCAGUUUGAGGGGCAGUGUGAAGAUAUAUCUUGAUGUACAUUAUUAGAGUAGUCCUUGUUGUACAGUAUCGUAUUCUUAUUAUUUUAUUUGUUCUUUUUAUCUUUUAGCCCUGUAAGGGCAUUCUUGUAACUGUACAUACCUUUUAUCUCUUUAGUAUAAAAGACUCUUUGGGGUGGGGGUCRACUAUUCAUGACACCCCUAAAUCUGUUUUCUUCUCGCUCUCAAUUCAGUUCACAGGCAUAGUGAUGGUACUUGGGAUUUAGACUGAAUUGAACAUCAAGGGUAUU